GGCUUAUCUAGGGUGUUAUCUGAAGGAGAGCUAGUAAACAAGGAGGCAGGGGCUUCCUCGGAUCAGGGAGGGAACAGAUUCCUUUGCUCAUCAGUUAGUUGUUCCUACCCACUUUAUUUUUCAAAGAACUACAUCAGUGGUGCUUUCAUUUGAGGCCGAGUGAGAGAAUUUAGCACACAGGCGGGACAGGCUUGCUAGAAAAAACAUGGAUUUCACUGCUUUCUCUCACUGAAAAGCAGGAGGAGGGAGAAGAUUCACACAGAAGAAUUUCCACUGCUGGUAACAUAUUCUUCGCUAUUUACGAUUACAAGUAGAAUUCAGGAUUAUUUCCAGCUCUUUUCAAUCAAUUCUUUCUUUUGUUUCAAGAGCAGUGAACUUUGUAAUUCUUUGUUAUUGACUCCGAACUUUCCUUUUUUUUUUUUUGGAUUCCCAUUAAAUAAGUGAAGCAUUUUUACAGCAUUCAACCCAUGGCAGCUCAGGUAGACAUUUGUUUUUCGCUAGUUCCAUUUAACAAACAAAUAGCCUGACUUAAAAAUCUUCUUUCAACUUUUUUUUACGCUUUUUCUUCCUUUUCACAAUGUUUCUCUCUUGGAUAACGGGUACUGUAGCAGGCUUGGCAGCCCUUCAUUUUCUCCAGAAGAGUCUGUUUCCAUACUUCUGGGUUGACCUGAAGUUUUUGCUGAAAGUCAUACGAUAUGGCUUUCUAAUUGAAAUGUACAAGAGGACAGGCAACGUGGUGACUGUUGUGGAUCGAUUUAUACAACAAGCCCAGCGAAUACCUAAUAAAGUUUUCUUAAUAUUCCACGGAGAGACGUACACUUACCGUGAUGUGGACAAAAGGAGCAAUCGGGUGGCCCAGGUUUUCCUGAAACAUUCUACGUUGAAAAAGGGUGACACCGUAGCCGUGCUGAUGAGCAACGAGCCAGACUUUUUGAAUGUAUGGUUUGGUUUAGUGAAAAUUGGAUGCCUGGUUGCAUUUCUUAACUACAACCUGCGAUCAAGAUCCCUGCUACAUUGUUUUCACAGCUGUGGAGCAAAAAUCCUUAUUGUAGGAGCAGAUUUGCUUGACACGUUGGAGGAGAUCCUGCCUAGUCUUCAAGAUGACAAGAUCGCUGUUUGGGUAAUGGCAAAGGAGACCUCUCUGCAAGGUGUAAACACAAUUGUAGACAAACUGGAAUGUGUAAGCGAUGAGCCUGUACCACGUCACCUGCGCAUAGUCAAGAGCAUUAGAGCACCAACUCUUUACAUUUUCACAUCUGGUACAACAGGUCUUCCAAAAGCAGCAGUGAUAGGCCAGCUCCAGUCACUGAAAGGUGCUGCUGGAAUAUGGGCAUUUGGAGGUACUCCAGAAGACAUUGUGUAUGUCACUCUCCCUCUCUACCAUAGUGCUGCCUCCCUUAUUGGAAUAGGUGGAUGUAUAUAUCUAGGUGCAACUUGUGUUUUGCGUAAGAAAUUUUCAGCAAGUCAGUUUUGGGUCGACUGCAAAAAGUAUGAUGUCACAGUCAUUCAAUACAUUGGAGAAUUGUGUCGUUACCUAUGUAAGCAACCAAAGCGAGAAGGGGAAAAGGCCCAUAAGGUCCGUAUGGCAGUGGGAAAUGGCGUCCGCAGUGAUGUGUGGAGGGAAUUCCUUGAAAGAUUUGGGGACAUCAAGAUGUGUGAAUUGUACGGUGCUACAGAAGGCAAUAUUUGUUUCAUGAACCACACUGGGAAGAUUGGAUCUGUGGGACGAACCAAUUUUUUUUACAAGCUUGUGUUCCCCUUUGAACUCAUAAAAUAUGACAUUCAAAAAGAUGAACCAAUAAAAAACCAACAUGGCUGGUGUGAAAAAGUUCAGAAAGGUGAAACUGGACUCCUAAUAUCAAAAGUUAACUCUAAUAAUCCUUUCUUCGGCUACACUGGCAAUAAAAAACACACCGAAAAGAAGUUACUGCAUGAUGUGUUUAAAAAAGGAGACGUUUAUUUCAAUACCGGGGAUUUGAUGGUCCAAGACAGCAAUAAUUUCCUUUACUUUCGCGACAGAAUUGGAGAUACUUUCAGAUGGAAAGGAGAGAAUGUAGCUACGACAGAAGUUUCGGACAUCAUUGGAAUGCUGGACUUUAUACAAGAAGCAAAUGUGUAUGGGGUGACACUCCCAGAGCAUGAAGGAAAAGCAGGAAUGGUCUCUAUUAUUUUGAAACCCAAGCAAACUUUGGAUCUUAUGAGCACCUACAAGCAGGUCACCACUUACCUACCAGGCUAUGCUUGUCCUCGAUUUUUAAGGCUACAGGAGAAUAUGGAGAUGACUGGGACAUUCAAACAACAGAAAUUCCGUCUUGUGGAGGAAGGCUUCAACCCGACCACUAUAAAAGAUCCACUGUUUUUCUUAGAUGACUCAAAGCAAUCAUAUGUUCCUUUAACCAAAGACAUUUAUGAUAAAAUCAUUUCUGGCCUUAUAAAACUCUAAGAAAUGUCUGUACAAAGUGCAACAACAGGGAACUUGCAGUAUUUCAUUUGCUGCUA